ACUGUGGGCGGUGUUGUUGUCAUUAUACAGUCCAUAUAAAAACAAUGAAUAAUUUGGAUAGUUCGCUUCAAGCGCACAAUAAAUUGGAAAAAGAAACAACCAAUUUAGUGCUGCUGAAAGAUCGCGUGGACAAGUAUCAUGAUCUCUCCACGCAAAUGUCCAGCAUACUCACCAUUUUCGAGAAGCGUUUGGGCAACUUGGAGCAAACCAUUUUGCCCGUCUACCAGGAGACGGAGCAGUUGCAAAAGAGACAACAAAAUUUGGAGGCCACACUGAACUGCCUGGAGAACGUGCUCUCUCACUAUGAUGUUUCCCAGGAGGUUUGCCAGCUUAUCCAUCAGGGUCCCAUUGAGGGCAACAUUGGCACUUUUUUGGACGCCCUGGCCAAGCUGCGCGCCGCCAUGGACUACUUUCUGCACAAUAAUUCACAAAGCGUAGAGCUCGAGAAUGUCACCAGUUUAUUUAACAACGGCUGCGAGGGCCUCAAUCAACACUACAGUAUGCUCCUCAAGAAACACAGCGCACCACUGAAGCCUGUCGAGCUGUUAGACCUUAUAUAUAUUGAGGAUGAUUCGUCGAGCGACGAGUUCACAUCGUUUCGACAGCUCUCUCAGAGCACACGCGAAGAGCUCUUCACCAUUUCACACUGGCUGGAGCAGAAUAUGCGUGAAUACACACACAUUUAUGCAACGGAGCGUGGAGAGGUUGUGCUGCGCUCCCUGCAGCUGCUAAAGGAUCAUCAGAAGAGCAGCAGCUGGGGCACCGAAGCAUUGCGACCACGUCACAGCGGACGUCAGAAUGAGCCGAAGAAGAAUACCUCAGCCAGACUGCAGCAAAUUUUCGAGAAGAAAGCCAACAAAUUGUAUUUGCGCGCUACGCAAACGAUUGAGCAGUCCACUGGGUUCUCGAUUAAGAAAGCCUCCUCGCACACGGAUCACCUGACCUCCGAGGAUCUGCUCGACGGCGAUCAGGAGCUGGACAAGUAUUUGGUCAUGCUGUUGGGCUUGCAGCGUCUGCUCAAUUGGGAGCGCGCCAUCAUGCGGGAUAUAAUACCGCAGUCGAAGCAUAAUGAAGUAUUUGCCAGGCUGGCCUAUAAUGCCAUCGAUCUGGUGGUCAAGGAUGCGGAUGCUAUCACACAGCGCAUCUUACGCUGCAUUUCACGCAAGGAAUGGACCUCGGCGCUGGGCAUCUUUUCGGCUCUGAAACGUGUGAUCCUGCUGCAGCCAGACAUUGAGCGGACCUACGAUGCCGCACAGCGGGAACAGUUGACCAAGGUGCUCAACAAGCUGCAGCAGACGGGUGCCAAGGCCUUGGAGCACUUCCUGGACGUGGUCAAGGGCGAAUCAAGCACCAACAUUGUGGGCCAGAGCAAUGUGCCCAAAGAUGCGACCGUGCACGAAUUGACCUCGAACACAAUUUGGUUUCUCGAGCAUUUGUAUGAACACUUCGAUGUAAUUGGCUCCAUAUUGGCGCAGGAUGUGCUAUACUCCACGCAGCUGGACACCAUAUUGAUGAAGAAGGCGCUGCCUGGCGAAGAGCGCAACAAGGCGCUGUUGGCCAUCUAUAUAAAGAAAGCUUUGGCGGAGCUCAAUCUGUCCAUCAUGAACAAGUGUGAGCAGUACAAUGAUCAGGCCACCAAACAUCUCUUCCGCCUAAACAAUAUACACUACAUCCUGAAAUCGCUGCAGCGCUCCAAUCUGAUUGAUUUGGUGACGCUGGCGGAGCCGGACUGUGAGCAUAGUUAUUUGGAAAUGAUACGUGAGCUAAAGACGAGCUACCAGAAGACCUGGUCCAAAAUGCUCUCGGGCAUUUACUCGCUGGAGGAGCUGCCCAAGCCGGUGGCCGGGAAGGUGAAGGAUAAGGAUCGCAGUGUGCUCAAGGAGAGAUUUUCGAAUUUCAACAAGGACUUUGAGGAGGCUUGCAAAAUUCAGCGUGGCAUCUCCAUACCCGAUGUCAUCCUGCGCGAAGGCAUCAAACGUGACAAUGUGGAGCACAUACUGCCAAACUACAAUCGAUUCUUUGAGAUGUACGCUGGCGUGCAGUUUAGCAAAAAUCCGGAUAAAUAUGUCAAGUAUCGGCCUCACGAGAUAAAUGCAAUGCUUAGCAAGCUCUUCGAUGACUCCGCCUAAGGCAAAGCCCAAGCCCAAGCCCAAGCCCAUAGUCCAUAAGAUCAUUCCCUCAGCUUGUACGUUCGUUCGGCUUUUUAAUUCCAACAUAAUAAAUAUUGAUUUUUGUAAAAA